GUGAGUGACGAGGUGAGUGAGUGACGAGGUGAGUGACGAGGUGAGUGACGGCUAUGCGCCUGCUGGAGCGGCUGGCCUCCUGGCUGGGCGUGAGGCGGAGGGAGCUGCAGGUUUUGUGCGUGGGGCUCGACAACAGCGGAAAGACGACGAUCGUGAACCACCUCAAGCCAGCCAGCGCUCAGUCCCAGGACAUCGUCCCUACCAUCGGAUUCAGCGUCGAGAAAUUCACAACAGCAAGUCUGUCUCUCACAGUGUUUGAUAUGUCAGGACAAGGCAGAUACCGCAACCUAUGGGAGCAUUACUACAGGGAGGCCCAGGCUGUCAUCUUUGUGGUGGACAGCAGCGACCGGCUCAGGAUGGUGGUGGCCAAGGAGGAGUUGGACUCGCUGCUGGCUCACCCUGAUGUGAGUGGCAGGAGGGUGCCACUGCUCGUCUUCGCUAACAAGAUGGACUUGAAGGAGUCUCUGUCGAGCGUGGCCUGUUCCAGCCUGCUGGGGCUACAAGAAGUGCAUCAGUCUCCCUGGCACAUCGUUGCGAGUAACGCUCUGAAGGGAGAGGGACUGCAAGAGGGAGUGGAGUGGUUACAAGAUCAGAUCCGUUCAAUGAAGACUUGAAG